UCCUUAGCUCGCGCUGUGAGCAGCCAGCUCUGAUUGUGACCAGUUCCAAUAUUUGAUGGGGGGAAAACAAAAAGUGUUCCAGGCUUUUUGAAAUAAGUUAUAGCUUUGGAUCAAACAGGGAAUGACAGGAUUGCAAGAUUACCCCUGUUUAUACACUUAAACAGGCAUUUAGAGCUACUUAAAGGACGAUUAGCUGAGUUAUAAUCUCUGCCUGAUUUAAUUGAUGCACCCCCAGUAAUAAUCAUGGUCACCAUGCCUGUAGAAAGGAUGAGGAUGCGGCCGUGGCUGGAGGAACAGAUCAACUCUUGUCAGAUCCCAGGACUGAAAUGGGUCAACAAAGAAAAGAGAAUCUUCCAGAUCCCGUGGAUGCAUGCGGCGCGUCACGGCUGGGACCUGGAGAAAGACGCGCCGCUCUUCAUGCGAUGGGCCAUACACACUGGUAAAUAUCAGCCCGGCGUGGACCGGCCCGACCCAAAGACCUGGAAGGCCAACUUCCGCUGCGCCAUGAACAGCCUGCCUGACAUCGAGGAGGUGAAGGACAAAAGUAUCAAGAAAGGAACCAACGCCUUCAGAGUGUACAAGAUGCUCUCGUCCACAGAGAGGAGCUUGAAGAAAGGAAAGAAGAAGGCUGACAAGGAGGGAAAGUCCAAAGGAAGCAAAGAGGGAGCCGCUCUGUCUCCAAAUACGACUUUUUCUGAAGCCCACCCCGGACCCGUCGACUGUUCCAAGCAGCUCGCGCUCAAAGUAGAGGCCCGGGACCUCAUAGUGACCAACAGUGGAUCAGCGCUCCACAGUCCGGCCGGGGACCACCUGGUCCACUGCGAGCAGCUGCCGGACGUGUGCCAGACCAUCGAGGUGACCACUGAGAACGAGGAGCAGACCGUUAGCUCCUCCCACUCGUACCCACUGCAGAUCUCUCCUGUAUCUUCAUGCUGUGGCAGCGACACAGAGAGCGACACAGAAGACAACAAAGAGGCUCUCGGUCAGACGUGGAAGAAGGAAUACCAGUCGGUCCUCAGAAUCCCGCCGUGCUCUCUCCCCGGCAUGGCUUCGUUCGUCAACCCGAGCAAACCCAACUUCCGGGUCACCAGCCUGAAGGACCCUUCGCCCCUCAUCAGCUACCACAUCGACAGUUGGACGCCGGCCUGCGGCCAGAACUCUCACACGCCCCCGUCGAGCAGCCACGCUCACGAGGUGCGUGCAAGCGUCAUUAGGAAAACCUCGGACGUCACUUCCUCCUGACCCCUGACCUCGGAUGAAGGGGAUAGGGGGAAGAACAGUCGCUUCUGGAGAACAUGUUGGCUACGUCGGAGCCUAAAACACCUGUGUGGAUCUUCAGUUCUCUUAGUUUUCCCUUUCGGCCGACUGAAGCUUAGCUGGAUGUAUCGGUCCGCCAAGCGGUGAGCAUUUGACCGUCACCUUGGGGGCCGGGUUUACAAUCUGCAGACCACUUCCACCCGAGUGGGGACAUGAGGACCAUACCGACGCCCUCCGUGUGCCACCGGUGGAACAUUUAUGUGCAGCUUAAGUAGCUUUACACACCUUUUUAGUAGUGAAAGGUUCUCCACGUUUUUAAGACUUCGGCUUACCAAAGAUUAGUUUAAUUCAGUCCGUUAGUUUCUACAACCUAAAUGUAGAUGCAGCCUGUUUGCAAUCAUGUUCCUUAACGCCACGUUUAACCAAAGCAAGCACCUAUCUACCAAGUUAAAUGCUUUGCUGGAGACACAUGGAACCGGUAUGUGGCGUCAACAUCCCAAUCAGUUCAGGUCAGCAGAUUAAUUAUCAUCUAUUUAUACUCUCAAUCACUGGCCCCACAGUGGACAGCAGCCCGCGUGGAUCUGGCUCCUCAGGACACUGGACUCGCCAUUACUACAGCGGGGGGACUAACACCGUCCUCCUGGUGUCCACAAUGUACAUAACUCUAUAGUAUGUGGGUUUUUGAUUGCUUUAGCACCUUACAGGCAGCGCACUGGUUGGCGUGUGUGUGUUUGCGUGUGUGUUUGUGAGUCUUGAGAGAAACGGGGAGCAACGCUUUACUUGCAGAUAUGUGCCUUUUGAUGUGCCCGAUUCAAAGUAGGCAUGGGCCUGUAUGAGAUUCUUAAUCCUGAUACAAUGAGAUCCUAAAAUUUUGACAAAAUAGAGGAAUGACAUGAGUUAUGUUCAAUAUUAUUUGAACCAUUUUACUUCAGGCACCAAGAAGUUUGUUUCUGGUGGAAAAUAAGAUGGAACAUAAUAAAAACAUGAAAUGAAAACUUGACUCUGGUGACCGGCCCAUGCUUACUUGAAGCUAGCUGUGCUUUAGCCUGCUAGUGGCAAACUCUACACCUCAGAAAGUCGCUCUUGUGCCUUUUUAUAAAUAAGAUAUGCAUAUGAAUUUAUUUCUUUGAUUUUAAUCCUCCCUGGGGGGAGGGGCAGUUUAAUUUGAGCGCACAAAUCUCCCAUUUGCCCUGCACAGAGACUGAGCUGCACUGACAAAGCAGAAAGUACUCAGGAGUCAUCGGCCCUGCUAUGAGGAAACAGGAUCCAUUAAGGGUUGCUAACAGCUAGCAGGCUAAAGCGCAGCCAACAGGAAGACGGUGGAGCCACUGUGGGAACCAAACCCCCUCCCUCCAGAGUGUAACACUGGAUUCACUAAGUCGUCAUGGUGAUUUUAUUAUUUUUUUUAAAUAUAAAGACUCACUGGAUCAAAGGGGGUUGUUGCUUGCUUUACUGCAAAAAUCUUUUCAUACUUGUGCCUUUUUUUAUUAUUGUUAUUACUCAAUGACGGAAAAAGCUCGUUUCAGUCUGUAGAUGCAGCUCGUGAAUCCUGCCUGCAUUAUGUAAUAUUUAAAGCAAAUUCUGCUAAUAACUGAACUGAGAGCCGUCUGCUUUUUUUAAAUUGUUUUUUUUUUUGUUUUGUUUGUUUUUGGAAUCAGUUUAGCUAUUUCAAGUGGACGCAGAAACGCACACAAGGUGUUUCCUGGUAUUUAAAAUGGGAAUUAAAAAAUGAGGAAAUUGCUGGUCAGAAGAGCUGGCGUUAACAACAAAACUGUCUGAAUGUCCACCGACUUGCAUUGCCUUAACGGUAGCCUCGCAGCAACAUCCUGCGUGCGCUUUUCCACAGAUUUAGUUUCUUCCGCUUUAUGUGGGUUAGAGACGAGCAGUGAAAGCUGACGGGUGUUUCUGUUGUCCAGAGUAAUUUAGAGCCAUUUAAUCUCUUAUCAGGAAGGAGUUGUCCUUCUUUAUUUUCGGCAGCACACUCUCUUAGAGGAUUAUGUAACUAUUUAGCUGAAAGGAAAAAAAAACAAACUACCAUGAAAAAAAAAACAAAUUACAUUUGCUCUGCUUUUCAUCCCGCCAUCCGUCUGUAAUGUUGUGAAAUCUACAUGUGAAUCAACAUGUUCAACUGAAAAUAAAGUGUUUUUGUAUUUA